AUGUCGGAAGAACCGAGGACGACGAUACUCCGUCCUCGCACGCCGGAUCCCACCAAAUCCCCCAUCGAGACGACGCUCUCGGUGACAGAGCUCGCCGUCCUGGGCCCGGACAUUUUCACAAACACCCGACCACAGUGGACGCCGCCGGGCGCGCGGGGCAUCUACGGCGGCAGCGUCAUCGCGCAGUGCCUGGCCGCCGCCCAGAGGACCGUCGCGCAUGGCUUCCUCCCGCACUCGUGCCACUGCUACUUCAUCCUCGCCGGCAGCUCGGGCCUGCCCAUUCUUUUCCAUGUCGAGCGGGUGCGCGACGGCCGCAGCUUCGCCACCCGGACCGUCCAGGCCAAGCAGCGCGGACGCUGCAUCUUCACCACCACCAUCUCCUUUGCCAAGGAGGACAAUGAGGGCAAGAGGACGGUCGAGCACGCCGCCGCCCUGCCGGGCGACAUUCCGCCCCCUCCUUCCGACAGCCAGAGCGACAACGCUUCCGCGGGACGCGGUGCCGGCCCCUUUGAAGCCACGCGCAUCGACGUCCUCCACGGCAACGACCCAGACCGCAGGCCCCACGAGAAAAAGUGCCGCACCUGGAUGCGCGCGCGGGGCCGCAUCAGUCCCGAGGGCGGCACGCAGGCCCACCUCAACGCGCUCGCGUACAUGUCGGACAGCUACUUUAUCGGGACCGUGUCGCGCAUCCACGGGCUGUGGCGGUUCCCCUUUCGGCCCUCCGAGAUCGGUGCCCUAGAGGAGCCGCUGCGGUCGCAGGUGCGGGCCGCGCUGGCGAACGAGAGCAUCGCCGGCGAGGACGUCUCGGACGAGGAUGUGGCGCGCGAGUGGGAGGGUCGACCGAGCGUGGGCAUGCUCGUCAGUCUGGAUCACAGCAUCUACUUCCACGAGCCGAGCAAGGUGCGCGCGGACGAGUGGAUGUUUAGCGAGAUGGAGAGUCCGUGGGCCGGCGGGGAGAGGGGUGUCGUGAUGCAGCGCAUCUUCUCGCAGGAUGGGACGCUGCUGGCGAGUUGUGUGCAGGAGUCCAUGAUGGGCCGCAUUGACCAAGAUCUCCUGCCCAACCCGCAUGAUGCUGAUGAUGCGCAGCCAGAUGUCCACCCCGGAGAUCCAUAUGGUCGAGACGCAGUGCACGCGCAGUUUGCCCAGUGGUACGACAAGAAUGCGUCUGUCAGCAAUGGCCCUUCCAACUGCGCCACGCACAAGGGCAAGGCAGACAUGUGGUGCCGUGCCUGCAACAUGAACGGUGAGUGGCAGAAGCCAGGUACUGACAACGGCCAGAGCCACGACGGCGACCAAGACGUGGCCCCUCUAGACGAGCCCAAGCCUCACGACGUCGAGGGCCUGCGGAAGACUUUUGAAAAGUUCGGCAUCAAGUUUCAUCCCAAGGAACAGACUCUGAGCGACCUCGUUCGUCUUAUUCAAGACAAGCCCAUGCGGACCGACGCCGAGAAGGUGCGCGACACAUUUGAAAAGUACGGCAUCAAGUUCCAUCCCAACUAA